AUGUUAGGAGUUGGUCUGGCUUGGUUGCUGGGUUGGAGUAGUGAUAUAACUAGUGGUCAAAUGACUGGUGCUGAUGAUGAUAAUAACACUAAGAUAAACUGGAAAGACCAUUGUGUUAAAUCUGAUAAUGGUUGGCAGAUAACUGGUGUGGCAAUUGACUAUGAUGCUAAUCCAGAGUGUUCAGAGAUGAAAUUUAAGGAGGGGGAUGUACUUGAGGUGGAAGAACCAUCAGAUUAUUAUGUAACUAAGUGGAAGGUAUUGUUAAAACUUGGGUUGUUAAGUGAUUAUGAUACAAAGCGUAUUGCUACAAUGAUGAACAACUGCCGCCGAAUUCAUAGUCUGGAUGCUAAGACUUGUCCUAAUGAUCUUGAGAAAGACUCUCUAUUGUAUGCAAUAGAGAGUGCCAUAUAUGACAUUGAAAAGGGACAGACCGCGUGUCAAGGCUAUAUUGAAAUGCUUGAAAAGCUAACAAAGAGUGCUGCAGGAAAGGACGCUCUCCCUUCACUUGGAUCAUUGGACUCGAGUAAGUAUGAAGGCCUUCACAAGGAAGUUAGAGAUCUUAUACAGACUUAUAGUCCUUUCUAUAUUUUCUACCUUCCCGUCGUGAUACUUGGUUUGGCUAAUGAUAGUAACAAACACACGUUUGAAGCUUGGAAGACGCUUAUCAACAACUCAACUGUAUCCAACAUAGACCUUUGUGGUCAGAAACAGCUCAGACACGUCUUGUACGAUACACUACGUAUGCAGGUGAUGCUCUCUAACCUUUCAAACCUUUCUAAUACACCUCUAAGUGCUUAUCCUAAUAUCACAAUCAGCAAUGACGACCAGAAGCACAUAGACGACAUUUUGAACCUAAACAUUGCUGAUCUGAUAAAAAACAUGCCAGCAGAUGAAGCUGCCGAGAAGGUGCGAGAAAAACUAUCGCAUAGUAUUGGGUUACAAGUGAAGUAUGAUUCGUUUUUUAAGCAACCUGAUUAUAUAAAGCGAUUGACUGGUGAAUUUGAAAGGGCAUACGGCAAUAAUAUGGACCAAGUUCCAAUUGAAACUAUCAAGCAACAUAUCAAUGAUUUGAAGGAAGUUUCAAAAUGGUUUAAGCCUCUACUAGAUAAGACCAAAAAACUACAAGCUCAGUUUAAUGCGCAGUUAACAAAUACCACAACUGCCUCUAGUAUUCAUGAGUGUGUAGAAUACCUAACCACUAAUGCUACUAUUGUUACUGACGAUACUACUACUACUGAUACUGAUACUCUUGCUGAUGAUACCCACACUACUAGUCCUACCACACCGCAUAAUACCAUGUCAUCGUCUGCAUCCUCUCUCAAGUCCAGUUGGAUGCCCAAUUCUCCUAUUCUUCACAUACUUAUAAGCAGUCUGUUCUGGGCCCGUCUCGCCCAUUUACUCGAACUGUCUCACUGA